GACAAAUUUGACUUUUCUUGUAAAGAUUAAUAUACGAAUACACUGCACUCGACCCAAGUGCCAAUUUACAUGGUAGUUAGCAUGUUAGCUAUACCUAGUUUCUAGCCAUUAACUGGCUAAAGUACUGCAACUGUUUAGCUAAUGAUAAGCUAACUGUUGUGACGGAUGUGCUUAUGAUACUUUCACCAGAUCCAUUUUAACAAAUACACACAUCAUUUAUUUGCGAAGACACUAACAAUUGUUUAAUAUUGUUAGAAAUGUAUGAAGUUUUCCUUAACGGUCGACUGCGGCUUAAGUUUGGAAAAACAUUUAGAGUCAGUGAUAAUGGUACUGUAACGUUUCUUGUGAUAAAUGAUUUUAGAAUAUAUCAAGGGACUGUCACUGUUGAACUCUCGUAGUAGAUAUAUUUAGACUAAUCUAAUUUGUUCAGCAAUUCAUCUUACUUAGAUUGAAAUUGUAAUUUCAGUUUUAUUUAGGCAUUUUGCAGAGGUGUUAACUCACAUUUGGUCAUUUUGGAGGAUGCUGUUGUUGAAUUGUGAGGUUGUAUACUACUGAGUCUUAUUAAGAAAACAACACCAUAAACAAUAAAACUGUUGACAGUGUCAAUAACUGAAACUAUAGUAAACUAAUGCCAAUGUCCAGUGAUAUUAUUGAUUUUAAAUGCCACUAUUUAUCUGUACUCUCUGUGUUUCACUUUGUAAAAAUGCUGCAUGUUUGGAAAUUAUUGCAGGGUUUUAAUAGACAUAACUACCAUGAAUAUGCUUUGCUUUAACUCUCUUCCUAUUGGUCUUCCUAAUCCUCCACAAUCCACAUGUUGCUGCUGUUUGACUGACUAGUACUAGCCAUAGAGCUGUGAUUCAACAUGUUAAAUGGUAGCCAGUUUGUGGAGGCCGUGGGCCGUCUAGGUUUUCCUGCUGCAUCAUCACUGAAGGCCUCUGACUUCGACUGGCUGUUUGACUGCGCCCCGGAGAACCUUCACUUCUUGCGCUUUGUCUGUCGGACCCUCAACCAGAGCAAUGUUCUCACAGCAGAGGAGGCACAUGCUAUCCAGGAGCUGCGGAAGUCUGGCAAGCCAUUUUUGGAUGAAGCAGCCUUGGGCGAAGUCCUUAAAACCAUUGGACCUUCGGAUGGGAGCAGCGCAAACAUCUUCGGGCCCUCUUCUUCAUCGUCAUCCUCUGUGUUUGCAGCUGAGCGGGAUGUGGCUAUAGAGGAUUUGGAGGCAGAGCUCCAGGCGCUGCGUAAAGAGAAAGAGCUGAAGCAACGGCGGUACAACCGGCUGCAGCUUGUGGCCACCUCCCGUGCAGAUGUUGACCUUCGUCUUUCUGCUGAGCUGGAGAGUGCUGCCUAUAAACUAAAGGAGGCCAGUGCUGCCAUUGGAGCUGAGAAUGCUGACACCAAUGCCCUACUACAAAACCUAACAGAUGAUGUUACAAAGCUUGCUUCAUAUCUCCCGGUUCAGCCGGCAACACAAAAAGAAUCAAAGUCCUCAUCAAACACUUCCAAGAGCCCCACUGUUCUCCUCUCCCAGCUGCCCCUAGAUCCCUACCUGCACCAGGAGGAGCUCAACACUAAAACACUAUCUGCCUUCACUCGGAAGCAAUUCUUCCAGGGCAUCUCUGACAUUGUGGAGACUUCUUGCUCUGAGCGCUUCCAGGUUCUUGACCUCAGUUCUUGUGAAGAUGGAGAAGACGAAGAGAAGGAGCACAAGGGGAAGGAGAUGGAGGAGCGAGUUGUGGACCGCAGGAGGACGGAGAUGGCCAAACUUCAGUGGGCUCAUAUUGUGGCCCAGCACCAACUGAUGCAGGCCACGGCAGAGGAGAAGAGUGUCAAGGCUGGCCUAGAAUGGCUUUCUGAGAAGUCCACUCAUACCAAGAGUAUUUCCAGUUCCUCCUCCCUGCAUGUCCGCGAGGUCGUGUCCAGGAAGGAGCUGCAGGCGGUGGAGGCGGAGUUGGAGGCUCUGCUCCAAGGACCGUUACCUGCUGCCCUCAGAGAGUCAGCCAGGCUGCUUAAUGUGCCGGUGGUGAGGGGAGACCUGGCUCUGCAACUAGCCCGGCAGGACUACUACACAUCCAGACAGGAUCAGGUACGAGGCUAUCUGCUCCGCCAGAAGGCGUCCUUUGACCUGGUGCGCGUGGGUCAGGAGAUGGAGUUGAGGAGGUGGAGGACCGGUCUUAAGCAGCUGGGAGAAAUAAACAGCAGAUUGGUAACGGAAGGUGAAGCGACAACCCUCAGAAUUGAGUCCCUGACCCACCCUGACCUGGCUAUUAACCCCCGGCCCAACCCCAUCAUCAGCUGCAAGGAUGCAGCCUUCAGCAGGCUGCUCCAGAUCCUUGACCAUGACUCAGAGCACGGUCGAUCGGAGCCUUUCCGGACAUAUGAAGCAUUGGACCACUCUGCUCGUGACCUCGCGGGCAACCUCCAAGUGACCCGAGACGCUCUAGCUGGCGCCGGGCGUGAGCAGUACUACUCGGCAGCUCGUCUCUAUGGCGACUGUGAGGCGCUCCACAGGGCCAUGUACACAGAACUCCAGCAGCUGCUCUUAGGGCCGCAGGUACGUCCUAGGGCCACUGACCAGGAGCUGCUCUGUCCCAAUGCACAGGAGCUGACCGUGAAGCUUGUGGAAGCCGAGUCUCAGCUGCAGAGUAUGCAGCAUUUAAUGCAAGAGAUCAUGGGGGAGGAUAAAGCCAAGCGCUCUCAGCUGGAGCGCAACGCCCUCCUCAGGCGAGAGAGGGUGUUGUACAUCUACUUCCACUUGGAUCAGCGACUGCUGCAGAAAGUAGUGGAAGAACUGGAGGGCAAAAUGGCUGCGAAGAGAGGGCAACAGUAAAGCCUAUGCUAAGGGAGUCGAGCUGCGUUAUGAAGCUUGAAGAUAUCUGAAGAGACACUGUUCAACCGCUUUGGAGCCCCGUGUACUCAAAAUAUGCACCUUCACUUGGAAGUGGAGAUCAGUCCUUUAAGUCUUUAUUUUUGGGAUAAAACCCAACUUGGGAAAUGUUUAGAUAUAUAUGAGCAGGGCUGCUUACAAUGGGAUUAAUUUGAAUGUGUUUAUGUAAAAUAAUCGUAUGAUUUGUCUUGUCUUCUGAUGUUUUGAAACUGCUUUUUUGCCAUAAAUAAAGUAAAAUGUUAUCAUUUA